AUCGGAAAUGAGGUCAUUCGCCAGAACCGGAACACCUUCCUCUGCUUCUCUUGUGCUGUUAUUGUGCCCGAAGCAAGAAAAAGCGUAGAGCGGUCAGUGCAGCGAACAGAUACCGGCGGAGAGCAGUGAGCAUGUCUGAUCAGGUGAGACGCUUUUGUAGAGCGGGCGGACGACAGAAGGUCUCUGGGAUGUGCGUGUCUCGUUAUGUGUGUCUGGAGAGCUGGCUAUAGAUGUAAACAAGAAGCGAAACCAUCUAGCGAGGAUCUAGGAGACAAAAAAGAUGGAGGGGAUUAUAUCAAACUCAAAGUCAUUGGACAGGACAGCAGUGAAAUUCACUUCAAGGUAAAGAUGACAACGCAUCUCAAAAAGCUGAAAGAGUCAUACUGUCAGAGACAGGGCGUUCCAAUGAAUUCUCUCAGGUUUUUGUUUGAAGGGCAAAGAAUCUCAGAUCACCAGACUCCUAAGGAGCUCGGAAUGGAGGAAGAGGAUGUUAUUGAAGUUUAUCAGGAACAGACUGGGGGCCACUCGACAUUUUAAAUUCUCUCUCUCUCUCUCCCUCCAUUUUUUUUUUUUUUAAUUAUUAUUAUUUUGUACUUUUUUUUUUUUUUUUGUAAUGUUUACCUCUCCUUCCCCUUGAUACUCUGUCUCCUUUCAUGUAAUCAGCCAGAUGUCUGUGGCAUCUAUAUCACCUCAUUUUACUAGCUUCAUCAGUAUGAGAAAAGUCACCUCUGCGAAUAUCGCCACUCCAGACUGUUUUAUCUUCAUCUGUUUUGGUCUUCAAGGAUAUUGAUUGGAAUUUACAUUCUAAAAUUACUUGGUUGCUUGGGACAUGAGAUGAGUAUUUUCUGGGGAUUUAGGAAGCAAGAACGUUUUUUUUGGGGGGGGGGGAUUCUUGCACUUCAAACCAUCAAAUCAUCAAAUUAAUUGUUCACCAUUACUGUUAUCGUUCCAGCGCCUGCCUAGAAGAUGUAGGAGUUGUGUUUUUAGAUACAAGUUGUCAUGCAAUCACCCCCUAUGAAAUGUUCACUGUAUCUUUUAUUUUUGUGGGGCAUGGGUUUUAAAAAAAGGAAGAAAAAAAAGUAAAAAAAAAAAGUGUCUGUAUUGGCUUAAUUCAAGUUGCAGUUCUAUUAAAAAAAAGCAAAAACAUU